AUGGUGUGCCCUACUUUAGGAUUUCCACGCCCGGGAAUCGAGUUUCGUCACGUCCUUAACAUUGCCCAGCAAAGGAAGGGAUUGGAGACUUGCAUCGAGAUGCUCAACAGCCACACUGGAGACUGGGAAUUUAGUAAGAUAGCCUGCUGUGAGACUGGUGGUUUUGUUUUUGCCUCGUCAUUGGCUUUGCGCAUUGACGAACCCUUGGCAUUGAUUCGGGAACUCGGAAAGCUUCCACCACCUACCGUUUCCAUCUCCAAAUUGAGUGCGCAUAUUUCUUCCUCGGAUUAUGAUCACUCGACAGAGAGCUGGAUUGUGAUAGAGCAGAGUCUGAUCCCUACAGAUGCUUCAGUGUUGGUCAUGGAUGACGUUCUCGCGAGCGGAAGAACACUCUACGACAUCAUUCGCGUACUGCGGAAAGUCGGCAUUGGUUUGGAGAACAUGUGUGUCGUUGUCGUUGCCAAGUUUCCCUCUCACCGUGGCCGUCAAUUCUUCCGCGAACAGGGUCUUGGCGGCGUUCGAAUUCGGAGACUUCUGGAUUUGAUGGUGCGUAGGGAAUGA